AUGAUUUCAGUCGCCUCCAACGAGACACCCGCCUCCUCUUGGUCUAAGCAAAUCGCUCCCAAUAUCAUCUUGCCCACAUGCAACAGUGGUGCGAGCGUCUGCAUCGCGAUUGAAGUGGCACAGGGGAUUGCUGUAUCCUGGUGGAGAAGAGCAAUGAAAAGGUGCGACGAUGGCCGCGGCAUCUGCACCACACCUGGCUGGGCCUUUGGUAGCAGUAUUGCAUCAGUCUUGUUGAACGUCAAGUAUUUCAACAUUGCUGCCCUUGCGGCCAUCGUCAAAAAGGGUACAAUCAUCGAUGGAAUCCUCUUCCAACGCUCCACCAGCACAUACAUUCAACUAGGGCCAAGCCAUGAGGUCAAUAUCGACCUUAUGGUUGGAGUGAACACACUGACCUUCCUCAUUGCACAUAAUCUAUCCAACCGUCAGAGUCGGGCAGAUACAGAUGAGCCAUGGGAUUCAUACUCACACUCAACCGGAGUUUUUGUCCCAGCAACUCGGUAUAAAACCGAGGAAUAUUACCAGACGCAACUAGGCUAG